GUUAUCGAACGAAAUCGCGGAGUGCCUCGCCGGAACUCCUUACACUGCUCCUGAGAGCUCCUCCGUCUCCGUCAAAGCAUUCCUCCAACCACUCCUUCUUCCGCCGCCGUCCGAUGCUUCCAACACCACCACCGCCCUAAGCGAUUCCAUCAAGGACUUCGCCCUCGCCUGCACGCUCUUAUCCUCCGCUUCAACCUUCAAGCCCUUCACCUCCGACCAAUCCACGCUCCUAUCCUGGAUCCCCACGCACCUCUCCUCACUCGCCGCGGCCUCCUUCCUUGAAUUCUCCCAACAAUACGCUGCCGCCGCAGCGGAUGAGGGUGGGAUCUUCGAUAACGUUGCCGAGUUCGGGCUGAGUUGUGACUCGCUCCCGAAAGAGAAGAGGUUGGUGGUGGAGCUGGUGCCUGAGGUGUUGCCGCUUCUCAAGGAGAGGAUAAAGGAGAGCUCCAUUGAUAAGAGUGAUGAUAAUGAUGAGUUCUCCGCUGCUUCAGCUAGGGUGCCGGUUGGGUUUGCCGUUCUGGCUGCUUUUCAGUUACGAUGGUUUGUCACUCAGGUUGAUUAUCCUCUUUUGGGCAAGUUUUAUGGAUUGGUGAUUCCUUGUUCGCUGACUGCCAUUGAUCAUUGGUCGCCAGAGGUGAAGGGGCAGGGGAUGGUUUGUUUUGCGCAUCUUGGAAAAAAUGUUGCUGCUGCUGAGAUUGGUUCAUAUGCGGAUGUGAUUCUUGAUGCUUGUUGCCAGAAUAUUGCUUCUACUGAUGAGAUAUGGCAGCAGGUGGUUGAGACAUCAGUAGUUAUUUCAACUCUGACUCAGAGAAGUAAUCCGCGUAGCCCCUGGUUUGAAAAGAUGCUAAAUGAGAUGUUAAGUCACUUGGAGCGCCAGCCCAAAAACAAAGAACGCCGCAUUGCAUGGCUUAAAUUUUCCGAUUCAAUAUUUAAUGCAGUUGGUCUUGUGUUAUUAGCUCACUUCAGGCGCAUUUUCCCUUUAUUUUUUCAGUGGAUGCAUGUCGAUGACGAUGAGACUCUUAUUUUGGUUCUGAAAUGUACUUAUGUAGUUCUGAGAUUGACUUGGGUUAGGAACUCACCAUAUGUUGAAAGAUUGGUAGAUGAACUUGCGCUCGUUUAUAAGGAGGCAGCUUUGAGAACGGCUAGAGAGGAGGUUAGAUCAAAUAUAUAUCAGAUACUAAUCCUACUUCAAGGAACCAAAGGCCAGCAUUUCGCAGCAGCUUGGGAGAAGCAUCGAUCUGAUCCAAACUUGGCCAAGCUUGAUCUUCCAUUAAGUGGAAGAGACAGCAUUACUCCGCCUCCACAGCAUUGCCAUCAGCAGGGAUCUACACCCCCUUCAAACAUGAUUAGAUAGCAUUCAUGUAUCUGGUUAUGGAAGUGCUUGACAUGGUCUCCACUAAUUGAGGUACCUGACCAUGAAUGUUUUUGUAAAGUUUGAUCUAGUUAAAAUUUUGGGAUCAUUUCUAAAUUAUGUGAUUCAAAACAGAGAGUCUAUAUGAGAAUCAGUAGAAGAGAAAAUUUUGGGCAUCAAGGCUGAGAGCUAAAGAUACGAAUCUUAUCAUUAAUAAACGAAUGUGGGUAGUGUUAACAACAUGAGUAGUGGUUCAAUUCUACCACUCUUAUCCCAAAAGAAUAAAAUGACAGAGAAGACAUUCCUCUAAUCCUCUGGAUUUACCUCAACAUCGGUGUGAAGCAGGAUAAUAACAAGUCAAUUAUUGCAACUUUUCAACUGUGAGGACUAUUUCUAAAUAAAUGUUUAUACAACUGUUAACCCAUUCAAUCGAGGUUUUACGUGUGAGAAGUAAAACCAAAAAAAGAAAAAAUUGUAUACCAAGAGUCAGAAAAACUGAAUCUUAUGUCACUAGCAUGCUAAACAAAUUUGCCUCUGUAUAAUCUUUGAUUGAGGUUGUCUGUGCAGUGCGGUCACCAAGACAAAAUAUAAGGAGUUGAAUGUCAACUUCACAAGAAUGGUGUAUAUAUCAUUUGGUUCGCUUUUUCGCGUCACUGUAAAGGAUAACUCCAAAGACUGUGAGGGUGUACCCCAUCAUUCCAGUAACCGAAACUGGGUUUCUAAAUAUUAGAAUUGAUACUACUACUGCUACAGCCCCUUUAGCAUUCCCUAGUACCUGCAUAAGCCAAAGUAUAAAAUAUGAGUUUACAAGGAAUCAACUUAAGCAUAGAUACAAUAUUUGACUACAUAAAAUGCAAAUCUAGCCACAGGUCCGCAGUUACACUUCUUUCAUUAAUCCAAAAGCAUAUAUCUAUAAGAACUAAGAAAAGCUAACAGCAACAAGAAAUUGGUGAGUACUUGGGUCUUUGAUAUUUUAUAACUAAUAUACAAUAAUUUGGGGAAUGGAUCCUCUCAAUUUUUUUUAACAAUUGAGAGAGUAAAGUAUAAUCUCUCACCAUUAAUUUUAUAAGUGGAACCAAAAAAAAACAUGAGAGAGAACAAUGAAGGGUUAGAGAUCACACUUUACUCCUUCAAUUUUUUUUAACAAUUGAGAUUAUCCAUUCCCAAUCAUUUGUGCAAAUUGUGUAUACAUUUGACCAUCUCCUACUCAUCCUAAGGUCAUAUACACUAAAUAUUCAAAAUGUGUUUGGGAAAUCGGGUCAACAUAUUAAUUAUAGUUAAGAAACCAUGGGGGCAAAUAAUUAAUUCUAGUUCUAAUCAUGGUUAACAAGUAAUCGGGGAUAUUGAUGGCAAAAUGUCAACUAACGUGAACAGUAUCUAUAUUAAUUUUAGAUCCUUAUAUACUACCAAUAACCUAGCAUCAGCAUUAGAGAUGGUCCAAAAAGUUGAUGAGCUAAUUAUGCAACCAGUUUGAAUUGUUAGUGGCAUCUUUCAUAAUCACAUAGUCUGACAUUUCCCAAGAAACUGCAUAAUUGAUUAACUUUGAUUAGUAAACUCUAAUUUUAGUCCUCUAAAUAAAUAGAACUAUAGAAGUCACCCAAAUAAUUCAGCAAACUCCAAAAACCAUUGUCACAACUAGUCCCUAAACGGAAGAUUGUUGUGACAGCUAGAGUCCCUCAGAGAUUCAACAUGUCACCAUAUUCAUCCCUGUAAAUCACUAAAUUAAUUACUGAACAAGUCAAAUUUUAGAAACGUUUUGGAUCUUGCUUAUAUGGUGACAAUACAUUUGAAAAACUAAUACUAUAACUUUCUAGGACUAAAAUAGAACUUUGGCAUUUGAGAAACUAUAUUAUCAUCUAUAUGACUAGGCAAUGUGAAAAUUCUAAUAAC